AUGGGAAGGCGAAACACAGUCCGACCCGGAUUGCGAUCUAUACGUUUGUUUGAUUUUGAGGCUUUCGGAGGCUUUGGAAAGGAGGUUCGCAGCACCCUGAGGGAGGCGGCGAACCAGCUGAGCAACAAACUUUCGCACGCUCAGCACCUGGACGAGGUCACAUGGACCACCAAGAACUGGCACGGGCUGCAGAUGCAGCGCUUGUCUGUCGUCCUCCACACCGCCGUGGCGUGGCAGACGGUGAACGAGCUAGCGUGCGGGGAGAGCGGCAUUGUGCAUGUCCGCGCCCUUGUCGUGCCAGUGUGCUGUGAGAGAGGCUUGUGUCCUAAGAAUUCUUUUCGGUUUGUGGCGGCGGCAAACAUCGGCAGGGGGCACAGGCGCCUCGUUGCCGAUUUGAAGCUCACGAGCUCGCUUGCGAGCACGGGCAAGGACACGGCCGGCGACGGAGAGCUCGGCUGGAAGGGGGCCUAUGUGCGCUUUGGCAACACGGAGACCGGGCUGCUCAAGUUGGUCAAAGGGCGCGGCAAGUGGUCUCCGUCGGAAGCGACGGCAGCGGCGGAUUGCGAUCUACGUUUGUUUGAUUUUGAGGCUUUCGGAGGCUUUGGAAAGGAGGUUCGCAGCACCCUGAGGGAGGCGGCGAACCAGCUGAGCAACAAACUUUCGCACGCUCAGCACCUGGACGAGGUCACAUGGACCACCAAGAACUGGCACGGGCUGCAGAUGCAGCGCUUGUCUGUCGUCCUCCACACCGCCGUGGCGUGGCAGACGGUGAACGAGCUAGCGUGCGGGGAGAGCGGCAUUGUGCAUGGAGUCCUCCAGUCUGUGCGCGGCCACACGCCGGAUCGGCACAAGCAUGAGGGCCGCCACGCUGCUCUUUUCCGACAGCCAAAGGCAUUGCGUUUGGCUGGUCUCGACCCUGCUACGGGCACUCUCCACGAGCGGAAGCUGGCUCGCACGAGUGCCUUCCUAUCUCUGCCGCAAGAGCUGCUCGAUGCCGUGGUCGUGCAUGCCUGCGCGAGUGGCGAGCUGCGGGCGGUGCCGACGAGCGUCCACGAAGACGAGUGGAGAGUCACUGCUGACCGGGUGGUGCAGCCGAUGGUGAUGCUGGCACGCCUCUGUGCCACCUGCGUCGCUCUCCGGAAGGCAGCACGUUCCGAAAUCGAGCGGCGUGCCAAGCGAGUCGCCGACGCGCGUGGCGGCACUCCGACUGAGGAGCCGCACUCGCUCAUCGCCCUCUACGUGCGUGCGCUCUCUGUCGCCUACCCUCCCAGGAUGAAGCCCUGGUCGUCGUUGUGCCGCAUGGUGGAGCGCUCCGGGCGAGGGAGGCGCCUUGCCCGCCACUCGUGCUGCACGGCGAUGGAAGGGACGGAAGUGCUGCUCAAGUGCGACUCGUGGCUGCAGUCGCCAGCCAACUACAUGCAGAGCCAGCCGCACAUCAACGAACGCAUGCGCGAGAUUCUCGUCGACUGGCUCACCGAGCUGGGCGAGGGUCUCGCCGAAGUCGCGACCAGCCGGGGCGUCUUGUCGCAGUCGUUCCACCUCGCCGUGGCGCUCCUUGACCAUCAUCUGGCCAGCGCCGACGGCCGCGGGACCAGCCGGCACAGGCUCCAGCUUGUGGGAUGCGCGUGCUUUGGCGUGGCCUUGCGUUACGAGGACAUCGUGCCGAGUCCGGACCGGCGCGGCUGCGCAGUCAACGACGAGGAGAUGGCGCGUGCGAUGGCGUACUUUGCCGACGCCGACGCCGACGCGACCUUCCAGGCGGAGUAUGUGGCCACUUGCCGCAAGGUGAGGCGCAUGGAACUGGCGGGGCUAGCCGCCAGCACGACGCUGGUCCUCGUCGAGCGGCUUCUGCGCGAGCUCGUGCGAGGCGUCUCGGGCGAGUUCCAACCAAACGGAGGCGGUAGGUACAUCGCCCGGCACGGAUCCGACGACCCCGAGCGCACACUCAAGUACGCGUGCCUCUACCUUGCCGAGCUCUCGCUCACGAGGUACUCGCUGCUCCGCUGGCGGCGCUCCGUCGUCGCGGCAGCGAGCGUGCGUGCCGCGUGCGUGCUGGUCGACCCGCUCGACAGGGCCAUCAUCAGCAUCGGUGCGCUCGACGACGGUCUCCUCGUCAACGCCGCUUCAGGCAGGCCAGGGCUACGCAGCCUCUUCCCGCGGCGGCUGCUCGGCCACUCGGACGACGAGACAGACGCGGCGAGCAGCGAGCUUCUGCGCGUGGUCAAGCUCGCCCCCAUCCAGACGAUCUCUGGGACGAGCCGCCCAAGCGCCAUCUUUCAGAAGUACCAGAGGCAGCAGUUUGACGCAGUGGCGGACCUGCACGUUUUGGUGCUGCUGCUGGCCGAUAACGAGCCCGCGCUGGGAGGCAGCGCUGUAUUUUAG